GGGAAUACUCCGAUGAAAAUACGGGUUUAGGAAAACUAGUCUGAUAAUGGAUCGCUGGUUGAAUCGUGUUGCUGUCGUCACCGGAGCAAGCUCCGGGAUUGGAGCUGCCUGCUGCAAGGAUUUGGUAGCCAAGGGUAUGGUCGUUGUUGGCCUGGCCCGUCGCGAGGAACGUCUUCAGGAGCUAAAGGCAUCGCUACCAAAAGGUCAGCAAUCGCGAUUCUAUAUCCGAAAGUGUGACGUCAGCGUCGAGCAGCAGGUGGUUGAUACAUUGGCUUGGGUCGACCAGACUCUGGGAGGUGCUGACGUUUUGAUCAACAAUGCCGGCAUCCUUGGUAGUUAUCAACUCACAGAUGAGGGCAAUUCAGCGGACAUUCGUGCUGUCUUGGAAACCAAUGUGCUAGGAGUUUCGUGGUGCACCCGCGAAGCUUUUCGCUCGCUGCAGCGCCGCAAGGUCAACGAUGGCCAUGUGGUGAUCAUCAACAGCAUUGUGGGUCAUAGUUUGCCAGUGAAUGAAGGCCUAAAUUGGAACAUGUAUGGACCCUCUAAGCAUGCCAUCACCGGCCUGACCGAGGUGCUGCGACAGGAGUUUCGUCGAAAAAAGACCGCCACCAAGAUUACAAGCAUUAGCCCCGGUGUGGUCGACACUGAGAUCAUAAAUGAUAGCUUCAAAGAGGCAAUGGUGGGUUACCCAAUGCUACGUUCAGAGGAUGUGGCCGAUGCGGUUACCUACUGCAUCCAGACCCCAGCUAACGUGCAGAUCCAUGAGCUAACGAUCAAGCCAGUUGGCGAACUUUUUUAAUAGGCAGUCAGGGCCAGAAAUACGUGAAUUCAAUAAAAAAAACCAUUGUAUCGAUA